AUGGCGUCGACGGGUCAGGAUACUGCCGAUUUACAACGAGUCAUUGCUAUUGUAAAGUCGUUACUUAAUUCCCAGCUGAAGGAUAUUUUGCGAAGUGAAAAUCUUCCUGUUUCAGGCGUUAAGGUGGUUUUACAAGACCGAAUAAUUGAUCGGCUUGAACGACUCUUUCGAGCAGGACAAACAGACAGAUAUAAUCAGCUGAAGAGAUUUGUUUACGCUACAGCCCAUCUGCAGAUACCGCUAACUCCAACACAACCCUCUCCAACGUAUCAACAACAUCAACCUGCACAAUCCCCGUAUGCGCAGCAAACAGCAGCGUCCCUCUCUGUUCCAAUGACUCCAAGCCAUUCUUUCUCGACCGGUCGACUCAGCUUUAAGGAUAGCCCCUUCUAUUCGAUAAUAGAUCCUCUAACCCCUGUGGUGGAAUGCAAGAUUAGGCAGGAUACUCGGGAUAGUGUGAAUUUAAAAGUAGUUCUCUCGCCUCCAAUUGUAGCCCGGCUACAGAAUGAUCCAUCCUUACGUAUUAUGGUAUAUUGCGCAGUCGAUAGCGGCCUGACUCAAUACACUAAAUGCGACAUUGCAUUCCCUCAUCAAGUCGAGCUGAAAGCGAACCUUGAUGACGUUAAAGCAAAUCUUCGCGGAUUGAAAAACAAGCCGGGCUCCACGCGACCUGCAGACAUCACCAAUUUCAUCCGAAAGAAACCCGGUUAUAUUAACCAUGUUGUUAUGACAUACGCACUUACGCAGAAGAGACACUUUGUAGUUAUAAAUCUCGUUCGAAAACAUUCGGUAGAGCAGUUGGUGAAGCAACUGCAAAGUCGCAAAAUAAUAUCUUCGGAGCAGGUCAUACGUGAAAUGAAAAACAGAGCUGAAGAUGCCGACAUUGUCGCUACUUCUGCUGUGAUGUCACUAAAAUGUCCAUUGUCAACACUUCGAAUAGCUGUUCCGUGCCGGUCGAUGAUCUGUGCCCAUAAUCAGUGCUUCGAUGCGACAUCAUUCCUACAAUUGCAAGAACAAGCCCCCACGUGGACAUGCCCAGUCUGCAACAAGGCCACGAGCUUCGAAUCGCUACAAAUUGAUCAAUACGUGGAUGAUAUCCUGAGAUCAACACCAACUGGUGUUGAUCAAGUCACUCUCGAGCCAGACGGGAAAUGGUAUAUGCAAAAGGACAACGAAAAUUCGACCUUGGGAGGGAACCCUUCUCCCUCUAGCGACGACGGUGACGAUCUCAUCGAAAUCCAAGAUUCACAUCCGGUGACUCUAAAACAGGAACAGACCACCGCACCAUUAACUCUACAAAGAACUCCAUCUGUGCAAUCCCGAGCUGUGUCAUCCGUCCCAUCCGCCUCUCGACCUACCCCAAAUAAUAAUAAACGACCAGCUAGUAAGGUCAUCGAUUUGACUAUAAGCGAUGAUGAAGAUGAACCACCUCCACGUGCGGCAAAACGCCCACACAUCCAAUCCAGCCAAUAUUUGAGAAAUCGACAUUCAGAGUUUGCUGCGCGGACCAGCUUGAGUAAUGGCGGAUAUGCGCUUUCCAGUCAAAGUAACUCCAACUCUCCUGCACCAAGUUCAUUUUAUUAUGACACAUGA